CACAUCCGGCAGUUGCUUAUAUCCUGACACGCACUUCAGCUCUUCCGCCCGGACACAAUAUGCAUCUAACUUAAAGCGGCGCCGGAUCCACGCAUGUCGCGAUUUCCGAGGCGGCUGAUGGCAUUUCGUGGAUCGCCAUGACCCCCAAACCAUUAGAAUGGCGGGGUCCAGCCAACGCUAGUAAUGGGACUUUGACGUCAUCCAAAAGCAGAGCCCAAUAAAUACAACACAUACGCCUGUGUCCCACUCUGCUCAUUAACAACAUUUCCAACAUCAAUCGUACAACUAAAAUACCAAUCCAACAAAUAAACCUUUCCCCAACAUCAAGAUGUCUACUUUCAGCAACGCCGACACGGGAAGCAAGAAUGCUGAUCCUUACACACAAAAGAACUUAGAGGAGCCCUCCCUUAAGGAGAAGGUUGAGGACCUCUUCUCUUUCGUGGACAAGACCAAGUUCUGCCUCUUGACAACACAGACCGCCGAUAGCGAUCUGUUAGCAUCUAGAGCCAUGGCGCUGGCCGCCAAGGAGGGCAACGGCUUCGAUCUUCUGUUCCACACCAACACCGAGUCUGGAAAGACGGACGAUCUCAAGACCCACUCAUCAGUUAACAUCGGCUUCAUCAACAACAGUGGAGAGUGGGCCUCGAUCUCCGGUCAUGCUUCCAUCGAGACGGACCGUGCUGUGGUCAAGAAGCACUAUUCGCCUGCUCUGAAGGCCUGGAUUGGUGAUCUCGGUGACGGCACGCACGACGGUGGUCCCGAGGACCCCCGCAUUGGUAUCAUUCGGGUCAAGACGAGCACGGCCCAAUACGCCGUGUCGAAACGUACAGCAAUUGGUGGUUUUGUUGAGCUGGCCAAGGGGGUUGCGAGCGGUGAAGCACCAUCGAUCAACAAGCUGAGACACAUCACGGAGGCUGAAGUCAAACAAUGGGCUGGCCAGUAG